AUGGCCGCCGCCCUCACCACCCUCGUCCUCUACUUCCUCGCCACCCAGUUCUACGAGCGCAAGCACCGCGCCGCCGCCGCCGCCGAGACCGACGCCACGGCAGAGGACGACGAGGGGCGCUCCAUCACCACGGCGGCGCUGGAGCCACCCGUGGACGAGGACGAGGACGAGGGCUCCGCCAAGGGCGGCGACGCGGUGCACAUCGUCAGGAUGCGCGCGCACGCGGCGGCGCACGGCCACAGCCACCACCACCACGGCCACGCCCACGGCCACGCGCACGAGGAUGGGGACGAGGGCCAGGUCUCCUUGCACGUGCGCCACAUCGUCGCCCCCCAGAACCCCCAGCCGCACCUGUCAUCCCAGCAACUCCCUGCCCCGCCAGUGCUCGCGUUCCGGCCGCCGUCGAGCAGCCCCGGCCGCCGGAAACAGCCUGCAGCCAACUUUCCCUCCUCUCUUGGACCACCUCACCACCGGCUUAAGUUUGGUGCUUGGAGAGCCUUGUUAGCCCGAGCACCACCUUCCCCUGGUCGAGACCUUCCUCAGGCGUCCUCUCCCGCCGGCCCCGGCCAACCCCGAACGUUGCCGGAGCCGCCGGAAGAGGCUGCAGCCAGCCGGGUCUGCCCAGACCCGAGCCAGGCCGAGCUCAGGUUGCGGGCCUUGGGACCGCACUUCCCCUGCGGCCAAAGCCCCCUGUCGACCCCGGCGAUCUCCUGCAACCCGGCGCGUGCGUCCCCGGCCGUCCCCGCGCCUCGCCGGCCGCCGCCAAGGCCUCCAGCCGCCGCUCGGGUCCUGUGCGGGCGGACCUUGGAGCCGCGCCACUCCCGAGCGCCGCUGUUGCCCCCUGAGGUGGGCACCACCUCCUCCUCGGUCUCCGGCACCGGAUUAUCGCCGCCCCGACCUCCCCCGGUCGCCGCCUUGCCGCCGGCAAGCUCCAACCCGAGAGGAAGUCGGCGGGCCCGAUCUCCGUCGCCGCGCCACCGGCUGCUGCCCGCCGCCGGCCAGCACCUCCCCCGGACCUCCCCGACCUGCUGCUCCCAUCACCGGCCGGAGUGCCCGCCGUCCGAUCGCCGGCGGCCAUCCCUAGCUCCCACAGCUCCGGUCCGGUCGCUUCGUCUCCGCCUUAGCGAGACCGUUUCAGCUUUAUACAGGUGACGUCGCAGGUCCGAGUGGGACGGCAGGUGAGGAGCGAGUCUAGCGCGCGUUAGAGCUCCGUCCCGUUUGGUUAUCUCCUUUCCCCUUGCUUGAAUAAAUAGUAAACUUUUAUUACGGUUCAGUUUCAUUCCGUA